AUGGCCGCUGAAGCGGGCUUUCCGUGGCAGGCGCCGUCUAGAGAUCCCGAAAAGCCCUCAAUCAUCAUACCAGAGAACCAUAAUGUUGCUCCACCGCAUCCAACCAAGCAAGAGCAAGUUCCAACAUCCCCUACGACGACUGCGGCAUUGCAUCAGCAAUCCCAGCCUCGGAAGAAUAUCAACACGCAAGGGAAGCAUCGGCAUGGUUCGAUAAAAGCGCCUCCGCGAGCGGGCAUCACGACUGCGCUCAACACUCCAUCGGAUUCCGCUAGAGUCAAACAGACGUCUCCCCUUCCAGUGCGAACUAUUCCCCCUUGGGUCAGGGAUGCCGACGAAGAUGAUCUGAGUGACCCCCAAUUCCAAGGCCCGGACACCCCCCACGCUGCGUUGGUUGCGCAACAUCACCACAGCCCGUCGACAGCAAGGAGGCCUCUUGUAUCGGGCCGGCAGUCUCACGAGGAGGCCUACUCUACGCCAUCGGGCAAAGCCAGAGCUCCGCGAACUUCGAGAUGGAUGUCCUUUGCACAGCCAAGUGCCUAUCCCCGAGAGAACUUCAACAGUGAAAAGGUGGACACGGACUGGCUGAACCAGAAUUUUACUGAUUAUUCCAAAACAUGGCUUGCAGACCACGACGAUGACGAUGUCGAGGAUGGCAGUAGCCGGUACCGUGCAUUCCGCAGGAAGAGACAGGUGUGGUAUAAACGCGCCCAGUUCUACAUCCUGCGGAAUCCAUUUAUUCCUCUUGCUUUCCGAUUGACAGUGUUAUCAUUUGCCAUCGUCGCUCUGGGUCUGGGCGCGUCAAUAUACCAUGAAACCGGCAAGAUCACGGUAUGCAUCAGACAAGCACCAAAUCGGCGCAGUGCCGAAUGUGUGCAACGUGUCGGUCCCACAGCUACCGAUUAUUAUCGGGAUCCUUCAGGCUUGAUGGCGGUAAUAGUAGACGCCAUAGCCAUUGUCUACACUAUAUACAUCACCUACGACGAAUACUUUUCGAAACCUCUCGGAUUACGGCGUGCAAGAGCGAAAGUCCGACUGAUGCUGCUUGAUCUGUUCUUUAUUGUGUUUCAGUCGGCAAACUUGAGCCUAAGUUUUGAAUCUUUGACGGUGGAUGAGGGUGCUUGCAAGACUGGCGAUUCUGUGAGGACGACGGGAAGAUUCGAGAGCAUCUGCACGAGGGCAGAGGCCCUGAGUGCGUUUUGA